AUGGCUAAGAGAAAGCUUGACAACAAUUCGCCUGCUGGGCCGGAUGAGAAGAGGCCAUGCUUUGGUAGUAACGGAACACCAGAUCUACCGCCCAUUCCUCCAAUCAACAAGGAGUUGUCCAAGACUGUCUUCACUCACCAAUCUGUCGUCUCAAAACUAGAUAUCAGCGAUCCAGCUGCUAGCUACGAACGCCUCGAAUUCCUCGGAGACGCCUACAUCGAAUUAAUGGCUACGAGGCUUAUCUGGGACAAAUUCAAAGACCUACCAGUUGGCCGACUAUCUCAGCUACGGGAAAUGCUGGUAAAGAAUGAAACGCUGGCCAACAUUGCGGUUAUGUAUGGUCUCGAUAAGCAGAUCGUUACGGCUCCAGAUGUGAAGACCAAUCGAAAACAGUGGGCAAAAGUCAAGGGCGAUGUGGUAGAAGCUUAUGUCGCGGCGAUCGUAGAGGCCGACACUGAGGUGGGCGGCACCGGCUUCCUGACAGCGCAGAGAUGGCUAUACCAACUUUGGAUCCCUCACCUGGCAGGCGACGUGGUGGAGAAGAGGAUGCCAGAUGUCAAUGCCAAGGAUGCAUUGUCUCGGAAGGUGGUGAGCCGUGGUGUCAAGCUGGAAUACCUCGAACAGCGACCAUUGGAGAUGUUGAAGACAGGACAGCAAAAAUAUUACAUAAGCGUGUUCCUUACGGGCUGGGGGUAUGAAAGGCAGUUGUUGGGUACUGGGGAGGGCCUCAGUAAGACAGGCGCCGGGAAUCUGGCGGCUGAGGAUGCUCUGCAUAGUCUGCUAGUCGAGCAGAUAGCGGAGAAGAAGAGAGAAUUUGACAGAAGGACGAGAGGGAUUGACCAAAGUCUGCACGGCAAAACAGCCAACGGACGGACUUCGGAAGAGAGGAUGACACGGGAGAAGGAGAUAGUGGCGAAGAAAAGGAGCAUGUUCAUGUCGUCGGAGUUCGGAUAG